UCUGACUCAGCGUCUUCUCCCUGCCUUCCUAUUUCUUGCCUGGCAGAAGCCACCAUGGUGGCCGUCCUACUGGGCAUGAUCAGUGCUCUAGCCCAGCCUUGACUUCCCCGACUAGCAGUACUCAGCCUGCAGCGCCCGGUCCCUUCAGUGCCCGGUCCCUUUAAAUCCAUCCGCGUGGUUGCUAGGCAACGGUGCGGCCCGCGCUGGAGCUGCACUGCAGAGGCUCUGCCCCGGGCCAGCCUGGCCAGGUCGUGGUGGCUAGCACUGAACAAGGGGCUGCCGCCUGCCGGUGGUGGCCGGCUUCGGGGAAGAGUGGACAGGGCUCUCCAGACCGCACCCGCGCUUCCAGCUCAAGUUGGAGGAGACCAGUGGCAUCCGGUCUAAGACCUUGGACCUCAGGAAGGGAAAUCAAAGAGGUGCCCGACAAGAUGGAUGCUAGACGAAAGCACUGGAAAGACAAUACGUUCACUCCCCUUUUAAAUGAGCACAAUGUUCUAGAAGAUGCUGAGCCUCUUCAGUCUUUCUCUGAAGAAACAACUGAAGACAGAUCCAGGAGGAUAGAGAGAAUUUCUAACUUUUCCAGUAGAAACGUUCAGGAAGGAAAUAAAUUUAAGAGGAAAGACUAUUCUUCCCAGAUACCAGAAAGAGAACAAGACCCCAAUUUAAGAGAGAGAAGGAUGAACACGUCAAAGAAUGUAGCAAACGCAAAUUCUGUUGCCUGGGACUUGCAUAGUUGGGAUGGUGCAACGAAGGAAAGUUCUCCCAAAAGGGAGAGUGCCUCUGCAUGGAAUAAGAAGGAAUUGCUGGCUGCAGCACAAGGCACCAGAAAGAAAUGGACAGAAGCAAUGACUCCAAAACUCCGCCUGCACCUCCUGAACGAGGAGCUGGGAGAACUUAACCUGAAAUGCCGGAAGAUCGAAAAGGACUUUGAAAAUGCCGAAAAAGAACUUUUGAACUCUCGAAAGGAAGCCUCAGUGAAAUCGGUCAAUUUUCAAGAACCAGGAACAGCUGCUUCAAAGAAUGACCGGGAACUGCAAGCUUUAAAAAAUGAUCUGUCUGAAAAAGCCACAAACGUAAAAAGCUUAACCCAAGAGCUCCAGCAAGCCAAAGAAGUCAUGUACAGGUUGAAUCUGGAGAACAGAAACUUGAAAGAUGCUUUCAAAAAACUGAAGCGUCAAAUUGAACUCAGUACCACACUCCUGAGGGAAGAGAUGAAAUUGUUUCAUGAGCUGGAAAUGGAAAAGAUCCGCUUCGAGCUGGGUACCAUCAAGAAUGAACUGAGAGCUGAGAAGACCCUGCGAGCUAAGAACACCAGAGGCCUGGAGUUGCUUGGAAGACACGUUGCUUCCGUGGUAAGGUCAUCGCAUACCGCUGACCACUUUACUGGGAAUGCUUUUUAAACUUAAGGGAAAAAAGCCUUUCACUGGGCAAGCAAUUGAGCCAAAUCGAUGUUUAUUGUACUAUGUAUUUGUGUACUGCUAAAAUGUAUUUGAUAGCUUGUAAUCUUUAUGGUGAAUCAGAAUCAUGCAGAUAUUAACUUUGAAACGACUGUUUUUUUUUUUUGUUUCUGAUGAAGUCAUUGUGAGAAUCCUAAUGGAAACUCCUGAAAUCUCUUUUAUAUGGGUGCACAUAUAUCACUAAAUAUCACUAAAACAAAACAACACCAAAACACCCAGAGUAUUCACCAGAUCAUGGAGGAAUCAGAAUCAGCAGCAUCGUGUGAUCUUGUAAGCCAUGUCCUUGGCACAUUGAUGUUCUCCCAUCUGUGGUUUUCAAUGUGAACAAUAAAAAUCUUGUUUACAUG